CAUGUGAAAAUGAGUACCAUCCGCGUCCCCUUUCCUAACACUCCCUUCCUUACUGUACACCAACGGCAAUCAAUACCGUCCUCAAAUGCCGUCAUCUUAAAUCCCAUUAACUUUUCACCCAAUUUUUCAUCAAAUUUUCCUGAAAAACCCCAAUUUCAAUUAGGCUUACGGGUAAUAAGAUGUCGAAAUUCAUUCAACAAUGAAGAAGACUUCAAUGGUUCCGUUGAGGUCCUUAGAGUCCCUGAAACUUGGCUUGAACCUUCCCAAGCCUUAGAGGAAUCUGAGUGGCUUAGAGUGGCGCUUCAUAAAUGGUUAGACGAUGAGUAUUGUCCUGAACCAACUAAUAUUGACAUCAGUAGGGUCGCUGCGAAUUCAUAUUACCAGUCGCUGUUACAAAAGACGACUGAUCUGGGUGAAAUAUUGUUAAAAAUGGUGAGAGAACUCGAAAUCAUUUCGUACCAAGAAAGCUUUCAUGGAGCUUUUUCUUCUGCCAAUGCCGCUGUCGAUCUAAUUGCACAAAGGAUAGAGCUUGGUUAGCGCUCUUGCUUUCAUUCUUUCUUCUACAAUAUGUCAAUGUAUCAUGUAUAUGUGUAUGUGACUAUAGGAUUUGGUUGAAUUUCCCUUUUGUAGAUGUAGAUGUGUGAUGUAUGAUGUAUUUAAUUGAUUCAGCAACUACUAAAUUAUCCAAUGUAGGGACACUGAGCUGAUCAAAUCAUGAUGCGAAAUAUUCUGAUUUUAUUUAGGU